AUGAAGGCGGUUCUCCAACGAGUUAAAUCCGCCUCAGUGACAGUUGACGGGCAGCUGAUCUCUUCUAUCGGUCGAGGAAUUCUGGUCCUGGCCGGGGUCGGAAAAGGAGAUACCGAGAAAGACGCAGAUACGUUGAUAGGGCGGAUACUAAAAGCCAGGUUGUGGCCAGAGGAGAACGGCGGUCAGUGGAAGAAGAACGUUCAGGAUAUCGAGGGAGAGGUUCUCUGUGUGUCGCAAUUUACACUCUAUGGCCAGUUGAAAAAGGGCAGCAAGCCCGAUUUCCACGACGCGGCCGAUGUGGAAACCGCACGCAGACUCUACGACUAUUUCUUUCAACGACUGCGUGAAGCCUACAAGCCCGAACGGGUCCAAAAUGGAGUGUUCCAGGCUAUGAUGGAAGUCGAAUUGAAAAAUGAUGGGCCGGUGACAAUCGAAAUCAAUACGCAAAUGCCGAAAAAGGAGAAGAAAGACGAGCCGAAGGAGCAGGAGAAGAAGAAAGCUGGCGAGUCUGCCGAGGGAGAGAAGAAGACGUAUGAGUUCAAACUGCCGGCCUCGUUGCUGGAGUAA